ACUGCAGGCUGAGUUUCAGAUCCAGGAGCAGUACUUCGAGCCCCUAGUGAAGAAAGAGUAGAUGGAGGAGAAGAUGAGGAACAUCCAAGAAAUUAAGUGCCGACCUGUCACCUGUAAAACGUGUAAGUACACGUACUUCAAGCCCCUGGACCAGUUUGUGGAGCGCAAACACGAUUAUCACUGGCACAACGCCAUCAAACGCUUCUUCAGGUGUCCCUGCGGCCAGCGGUCCAUCGCCCUCGACCGACUGCCCCACAAGCCCUGCAGCAACUGUGGCCUGUUCAAAUGGGCGAGGGACAGCAUGCUCAAGGAGAAGCCAGGUCCGAAGAUUGCGGGGGAGCUGCUCUUACCCCGGGGAGAAGAGCAGCCCAAAUUCAUCAACAGCAUCAAGUGACAUCCAGGUCACAUGAGUCAUAAUGACUCGUCGCUGCAGAGUUUUACCCCCAUCGCACAGACCCUGUUCAGACCCCACACACAGCCCCACACACACACACACACACACACAGCCCCACAUACACACACACUCACACACUCAGCCCCACACACAGCCCCACUGCGCCCCUACACCCUCCCAGCAGCUACACUGUACAUCCCUCAUUAGGGUAAAUUAUGUUAGCAUUAGCAUUAGCAUUAGUGUUUUCAUUCCUGUGAAUGUUGUGUGGCGCAAGCCUGGC